AUGACUUAUUCAGACAUACAAAAGGAUAUUGUACAUGCAAUUGCAACUGAAGUAACCAAGCAAAUCAUAUGCGAAAUUGCUGAUGAUAUUUUUUCUAUUUUGGUGGAUGAAGCUCGUGAUACAUCAAUCAAAGAGCAAAUGGCUAUUGUGUUGCGAUAUGUAAAUGAAGAAGGAUAUAUGAUGGAGAGGUUUCUUGGGAUUGCUCAUGUAACAGAUACAAAAGAUUUGACUCUUAAGAUGGAAAUUGAAUCAAUGCUUGUGACAAAUGGGUUGAGCUUGUCAAAAAUAAGAGGACAAGGCUUUGAUGGGGCAAGCAAUAUGAGUGGGGAAAUGAAUGGACUCAAGACUUUUUUUGCACCACCUUGGCCUAAUUCCUGGCUACGCCACUGUUGGUAUGUCAUUUGUAUAAGUAAUUUAGUUAAUAAAAGAGGAUAA